AUGUAGAACAUUGAUACAGGUGAAGGAAUGAUACAGCUGUUCUGUGCUGCUCAGACCAAAAAAGGGGCUCGCUGGAAGCUUGAUAUCCAAACAAUACAACACCUACAGGAGUUGAUGACCAAAUUGAUAACUGAGACUCCAGACCAUCCAAUCCCUUUUCUCAUUGAUCACCUGCAGACCAAGCAAGACAGCCCUGGCAAGCUACACAGAGCUUUCUCAGGUUCUGCUGCACUUUGGGCACAGAGCUCCCCAGAAAACAAAAACACUCGGAGGGAGUACAUCAACUAUGAAAAGCCGUGGCAAAUUCACCCAAAGAAGCCAAAAAAAUCAAAGAGCGACCUUGCUGUUUCAAGUAUCUCUCCGCCUUCACCAGAAUCCAAAUCCCUGCCUCGGUCAAUCGAGUACCCGCCCUGGGACUGGAGGGAGAGCAGGGACUUUGAUGAGCUCAACCACAUUUUGCAGGAGAGCAAGAAGCUCGGCAAGGCCCUGGAGAGCCUGUCGCGCAGCAUCGCCAUCUCUGAUGAGCUUGACCAGAACUUGGUGGGAUAUAACGCAGUUCUGCGCCCUCGGGUGGUGGGGGAGUGGGUUGGUCGGGACGAAGAUGACGCAGACCCGCUGGCUGCGGAAAUGCUGCACCCUCCCGUCCCUCGGUCUAAAACUGAAGUAUGUUGGAGUGGAGACAGCAGCCCUGCUGGGAGCCUGAAGAUGGAAGCGAAGAGCAAAGGGCUAAAGGAGCAGCAGCAUCAUCAUAAGAAGCUUCUGGCUGCCAUGCUGUCCCAGGACUCCUUUGAUUCAGUCCACAGCCCCACCCCCUCUGUUGUGGAAGAGGAGAUCGAGGACGAGGAUGAUGCCAUGGAGCUUCUGGAGGACCUGGAUGACCUGCGGAUGGAGGGUGUGACAGGGCUGGUUCUAUCCGGCAGUAAGUUCAGCCAAGGACGCAGCUCCUAUCAGCCUGAACCACAGGCCAAAGUUACACUCAACAUCUGCUCUAGGUGUGCCAGGUUGCAGGGAGACACACUAUCAGACAGCAGAUCAGAAGAGGAGCAUAGGCCACACAUAUCUGAACAAGCUGUACCUGAUAUAUCUUCUCCUUUGCCCGGGUUGGACACGGUGGCGGGACGACUCCAGGAAUGCGACACCUUAUCUCAGAUGUCAGGCUCUCGUCAGGCUGUCUGGGAGGCUGAUCUGAAGGCUGUGAGAGGUGGGAGCUCUGUCGGGCAGACGGGCCUGCUACUGGGCGACUCCCUCUUUUCUAAAGAGCUGGAGAACAUGGGCAAACAGCUUGCUGAGGUUGAGAAGGACCUGGCAAAGCUGGCAGAAGUAGGAAAGAUGACCACCCGAAGCUCCAAUAAUCCACAUAGCAGCCUAUACCACACCCCAGUGCGCCACAGAACUCUACCUGACACACUCCCCCUCCCCAGCCUCGUGUCCAGGCCCCAGUCUCCAGCUGGUAGCCUUACGGGGAAGUCUUGUGGUGUGGGCCUCCCCUUGCUUAGCCCCAAGACCACGACCCUCACCAUGGGUAGGACUCAGUCUCCUAGCAACCCUGGGAGCAGGACUCAAACCCCCAGAACACCCAGCAGGCCCAUAACCCCAAAUAGUUUGCUGACACGCUCCACCUUUAACUCCGGCUCUUAUAAAGAGGUGACCUUCAGGAGGUCACGGAGCCGCCCUGUUACACCCACAAGUCAGCCAAUACUUACCCGACCGCUGCUCACCCCUCCAGGGCUAAGCAGCACAGAUACCCUUGGUGCCAGCCUACGGGCCUAUCUGUCUGAGGAUGAGUUUUACCAGCAGUUACAGGCCAUCAGACAGCCUUGGCAUAUUCCUAGUGACACAGACAGUGACAUCCUGGACCCUCCAGAACAGGAUAAAAGUGGUUCACGAGACGCCAAUAAGAGAUCCGUGUUUUCAGGCCUAUAGUGACGGAGACCAGAGACAUUGAUCCAAUCAAACUAUUAUGCAAACUGCUGGACAUUUUGAAUAUGUGAAUACACAGACAAUUAUUUUUAUAAUUCAUAGAUAGGAAAGAAAAAGAUUGUAUACUUUUUCACAGAUAUUUCAUACACAUUGUACUGUAACUGUACGAUAAAAAUGUGAAAAUAUGACUUGAGAGUAUGAAAUAUGCCAUUUAUUUUUGUUUGCUCUAUAGCAUGCUACUGAAAUUCUACAUGGAGUCCAGCAAACAGAUGCAUUUUGUUGUCAGUAGACUUUUUCUAGGCCUGUGGCAUAUUCACACUGUCAAGGCAGCACACCUAUGUUAGGAUAGUGUUUAUUAAAUGCACUGGUGAAAGAUUUUGUGUGUUUUUUUUUUAAAGAUACGCAAGUUCUGAAGGGUAUCCGUGGAAUGCUGUUAUAUUGAUUUGGUGCACUUGUUCUAUUUUCUACCCCAGUGUAGCACACCUUGUUCUGCUAUUUUAUUUAGCGCUUUCUGAAUUUCAACCUGGGAGGAGGGAAAAAAGCACUGAAAGAGGAGUUUUUACCCCCUAAAGCUCGAGGCAGUUUUGUUCAAAAAUUUCCCCAGAAAUAAGCCAAAAUGAAAAGAAACAAAAACAACUUGGCCUCAACGGAUGAGGCGCUUGGGAGAAUUUUGUAAUACAACACGCCUCAUUGUCCCCAUCAUCAGGUUGAACGAGUUCUUAUAAACUCCAGGAAAGAAUUUUAGUUUUACUCCUUCCAAAUCAAUCCUUAAACAAAAAAGAAAAAAGGAGAGUACACACAUCCUCGUAGUGAGUCAUUAAACUCUUAUGAUACUUAAACGGUCCUAAAAAUUCCACCAAAUAUGAGUCCACAGAAAUGAAGGAUAACAUCCAUUAUAUUCAUAGCCGUACUUUGCGUACUUUUUGUGUGCCAUGCAUGACAACCUUUGAAAAGUUGGGCCAGAUGCAGCCUGUUCCUUGUGCAAGGACCUCCAGUGGUGCAUAGAGAUUAACUCUAAACCUAACGUGUAAUAAUGAAGUCUUGGUUUAAUCCAGUCUUUCCCCCAUCUUUUCCCCAGCGUUUAACUAUGCGUCUCUUACGUACAUGGAGGUUCUGCACAGAGACGUGACCUUUUACCGCACUGCCUCUUCUGUUUGCCUGGGCACUUGUUAGUUAAACUGUGGCUGUCUCAGAGUAACACAGACAACGUCAGCUCCAGAGACAGGCGCACCACGGACACAGCCUUCAGUCUGACAGUCUGAUCCCUUCACUCGAACCCCACUGAGUUUUGCGGUAAGGUACGCCGAGCAAUGCCAGCUCUCGAGCCUGUCCCUCGGGAUGUGGUUGCAAACUACUCAGAUCUCCAGCCUCAUUUCACAACGGCUGAUUCCUGUAAAAAGGAUGUGUAAGAAGACUAAUCACUUCAAAACUCCCAUCCUGUAAAACAUGGCAUGUGAAUUAAUGCCCCGCGCAUUCUAGCACAUUGUGUGCUCUUUGGAAAGAGGAUGUGGUUUCUCGCAGAUCUGUGGAAAAAUUUCAGGGCAUGGCAUAAUUAACUCACAGUGGUGCCUUGAUAUAAUCUUUAUAACACCAUAAACAAUAUUUUCCUAACAGAGAAGGGAAAUGUAUCGCUUUGCGUAUUUCAAUUUUCGUAUUUCAUAUUCCAUUUUCCCUAUGUUGGAAAAACAUUCGGGAAUGUGACUGCUGUCUGUUCUUGUUCCACUGAUCGCAGGCAUGUUAGCUCCGUUUAUACUAUCAAUAUUUUCUCUUGAGUUCAUGUGUCUCCUCCAGGCUUUCAUGUUUUGUGUCAGCCAAAUUUCAAGGCAUGAGGAGUUCUGGAAAAAGGCAAGACACUCUGAGAGAUGAGGACUUCAAUUACUGCCACAGAUGUCGCACAAAAUAAGCACUCUGAUCCUUUCUCCUCUGCUUUUUGUGUCUGCCAAUGUCUCUGUACAUAAAAUUACCCACACCCUCGCGCUGCGUAGUAUCAUAUUUCAGAUUGUAGCUAUAUGAUAUUAUGCUUACCGCAAAGAUGAUUGUGAUUGUCAGUUUUAUGCCGCACAAUCAGAGAGAGAUCAAAUUGCUUAUCGUUAAUACUUCUCUGCGGAAUAUGAAACCCUCAGCAUCUUCUUAAAGUGUGCAUAUUGUGCAGGCUUUAUACGUCAGGCCCAAAGCAACUGUAAGGGCCACCCAGGCAUAGCAACAGCCACCGCUGUACUUACCGUGAGAUCCAGACCACCAUCAAUGGUCAGCAGGCUGACCCAUGUCCUAAUUUACAACUGAACAGACUGGGAAUUAUCUUGACAUACAGCACAAAUAAAUCUAUGGUUGGUGGGAGGUACGCUUUGAAGGCAUAUAGAGUCAUUUGUUGUUUGAAAUGUCCCAAUAUUACGAGAAUGUGUGACAUGGGGAAAACUAUGUGUAUAGAAAGACUGGGUAUGACUUUUUGUGGGCAGAGUGUGUGUGCAGGUUGGUUAAACUGUAAGGCCUUUUGGUGUUAUGAGAAAGGAAACCAGUGUUUAAUUCCUGUUUGUGAAAUGUUUUAAUUACGUUAAAUGCUUUUGAGUUUUCCACAGAUAAACGUAUUAUAUACUUUUUGAACUUUCACAUGAAGAGGACGAAAUCUGCAUAAGUAGCUAGUACUUCAUUCUACACUGCCGCUACACGUGGUAGGCUAUAAUUAUGGAGAAGCUCCAUAUUAAACCCUUUUUGUGAGGACUCCUCAGCAGAAUCACCCGGGGAGGUUUAUGUGGGUCCUUUUUAUGGUAACUGUAAUUUAAAACAUAAUCAUCAAUCUGGAUUUUGUUUUCUGUGUUCAUUGAAGUGAACUGCCUGUUCUCACAGAACUAAUAAAAAUCAGCCUCCGCUGUUCUUUAACUGUUUACUACUUUGAGUCUGUCAUCAGCAUGGAAGUGCUGUCAUUUGAAGCCGAGGUAGGAGUUUUGGCCCAUUAAAGCAGGCCCAAUUCACUUUGUUUUCUAAAAAUUUAGAGCAAUAAACUUUCCUAGCUGCAGUAAAAGAAACAAUAAGCAAUAAAAGACUGCACCCAUCAUUGUUUGUAGAGCAGAACAUGAGUUCACAUGUUGUUGACAGGACUUCUGGUUUCUGCACGCACAGCCAGAAGUGUUUUGCACAUUGGUGCACUUUUACUACAAUACAAACAAUGCUGAUCUUUGCUGACAAGAGUGACACCCGGUGUGGUCUUCUGCUGCGUCAAGGUUCGACAUGCUGUACAUUCAGUGAUGCUCUUCUGCAGAACAUCUCGAAGCAGUCCGGCCGUUCUCCUCUGGCUUUGGGCAUCAACAAAGGCAUUUUCCCUCAUAGAACUGCUGCUUUCUGGGUAUUUUCUCCUUUUCACACCAUUCUCUGUGUAAACUAGGGUGACCAAACGUCCUCUUUUUUUUGCACUUGUUGACUUGUAAAAGCCUAUAUGACAUUUUUUAAUUUUACCACUCAUUAACCGCACAGAGAAGGCAUCGUUUAAAUAUACAAAACUUUUCUUUAAGCAGACAGUAUUAUUAAAAUUCUUCAUGACUGGGCUAAUUGUCCUCUUUUUGGAAAUCUAAAUAUGAUCACCCUAGAACCCUAGAGAUGAUGGCUGCUUAGAUUUUUGCUUAAACAUGGGGAUGAACAGGUGUACCCAAUGACUGUUAAGUAUAACACAGAUUUAGGUUAAAAUUAGUCAAUAAACAAAGCUUUAUUUAUCUUUUUAUUUAAUGUACAUUGUCUUGAGUAUUAUGUGGCACAUUUCUCCCUGAAUAUAAUAGAACAAAUGAUUAAAAGGUAUGAGUAACAUUAUCUAAAUGUUUAUAUCAUUUUUGAUUUAAAAGCUGUUUAGAAUGUGUACAGGUUCCAAGGAACAACAAGCAAUAAGCAACACAAAAAACCAUAUCAUACACAUCGGCAUUUUUCUUCGCCUGCUUCUAAUCAAAGGAAUGGUCAAUGGCAUCUAAUUAAAUGGUUGACAGACACUAAACCAGCGGUCCCCAACCUUUUUUGCGCCACGGACCGGUUUAUGCCCGACAAUA